AUGAACCCCGGCUUCGACCUGUCCCGCCGCAACCCGCAGGAAGACUUCGAGCUCAUCCAGCGCAUCGGCAGCGGCACCUACGGGGACGUCUACAAGGCGCGGAAUGUCAACACUGGUGAACUGGCAGCAAUUAAAGUCAUAAAACUGGAGCCAGGGGAAGAUUUUGCUGUCGUGCAACAAGAAAUUAUUAUGAUGAAAGACUGUAAGCAUCCAAACAUCGUUGCUUAUUUUGGCAGCUAUCUCAGGCGAGACAAACUCUGGAUUUGCAUGGAGUUUUGUGGUGGUGGUUCUUUACAAGACAUUUAUCAUGUAACUGGACCACUCUCAGAACAGCAGAUUGCAUAUGUCAGCCGAGAAACACUACAGGGAUUAUAUUAUCUUCACAGUAAAGGAAAAAUGCACAGGGAUAUAAAGGGCGCAAACAUUCUGCUGACGGAUAACGGCCAUGUCAAAUUAGCCGAUUUUGGAGUAUCUGCACAGAUAACAGCCACAAUUGCCAAAAGGAAGUCCUUUAUUGGAACACCAUAUUGGAUGGCCCCAGAAGUGGCUGCCGUGGAGAGGAAAGGCGGAUACAACCAACUCUGCGAUCUGUGGGCCGUCGGAAUAACUGCCAUAGAGCUGGCCGAACUGCAGCCGCCCAUGUUUGACCUGCACCCGAUGAGAGCACUGUUUUUAAUGACAAAAAGCAACUUUCAACCACCCAAGCUAAAAGACAAAAUGAAAUGGUCGAAUAGCUUUCACCAUUUUGUGAAAAUGGCGCUUACCAAAAACCCUAAGAAGAGACCCACGGCGGAAAAGUUACUACAGCACCCCUUUGUUACACAGCCUUUAACUCGAUCUCUGGCUAUCGAACUCUUGGACAAAGUGAAUAAUCCAGAUCACUCCACAUACCACGAUUUUGAUGAUGAUGAUCCUGAGCCUCUGGAUGUUGUGCCUCAUAGAAUUCAUUCAACAAGUAGAAAUGUAAGAGAAGAAAAAACGCGCUCAGAAAUAAACUUUGGUCAAGUCAAAUUUGAUCCACUCUUAAAGAAGGAGACAGAGCCACAUCAUGAACUUCCCGACAGUGACGGUUUUUUGGACAGUUCAGAAGAAGUAUACUACACUGCAAGAUCUAAUCUGGACCUGCAACUGGAAUAUGGACAAGGACACCAGAGUUGUUACUUUUUAGGGGCAAAUAAGAGUCUCUUGAAAUCCGUCGAGGAGGAAUUACAUCAGCGGGGACAUGUGGCUCACUUAGAAGAUGAUGAGGGGGAUGAUGAUGAAUCUAAACAAUCAACUAUGAAACCCAAAGUACCACCUCCUUUGCCACCAAAACCUAAAUCCAUCUACAUACCACAGGAAAUUCAUGCGCCUGAGGAUGACAAUCAAGGAACAAUCAAGAGAUGUCCCGUGUCUGAGAGCCCAGCAAAGCCAUCGCAAGUCCCACCCAGACCACCGCCUCCCCGAUUACCUCCACAAAAGCCGUUGGCUUUAGGGAAUGGACUGAGUUCCUUCCAGCUAAAUGGUGAAAGAGAUGGAUCUUUACAGCAACAGCAAAAUGAAAACAGAGGGACUUGUUCCUCAAGAAAAGAAAGGAGGGAUGUACCAAAACCGAUUAGCAACGGUCUCCCUCCGACACCUAAAGUACAUAUGGGGGCUUGCUUUUCAAAAGUCUUCAAUGGUUGUCCCUUAAAAAUUCACUGUGCGACAUCGUGGAUCAACCCUGAUACAAGAGAUCAGUACUUGAUAUUCGGUGCAGAGGAAGGAAUUUACACCUUGAAUCUUAAUGAACUGCAUGAAACAUCAAUGGAACAGCUGUUUCCCCGAAGAUGUACCUGGUUAUAUGUAAUGAAUAAUUGCUUGCUCUCAAUUUCUGGUAAAGCAUCCCAGCUUUAUUCUCAUAAUUUACCAGGGCUGUUUGAUUAUGCAAGACAAAUGCAAAGGUUACCUGUUGCAAUUCCAGCACAUAAACUCCCCGACAGAAUUCUCCCAAGGAAGUUUGCCGUAUCUGCCAAAAUCCCUGAAACCAAAUGGUGUCAGAAGUGUUGUGUUGUGAGAAAUCCCUACACAGGCCACAAAUACCUUUGUGGGGCACUUCAGUCAAGCAUUGUUCUAUUAGAAUGGGUUGAACCAAUGCAGAAAUUCAUGUUAAUUAAGCACAUAGACUUUCCUAUACCUUGUCCACUUAGGAUGUUUGAAAUGCUGGUAGUUCCCGAACAGGAUUAUCCUUUAGUGUGUGUCGGCGUCGCUAGAGGAAGAGACUUCAACCAAGUGGUUCGGUUUGAGACGGUCAACCCAAAUUCUACCUCUUCCUGGUUUACAGAGUCAGACACCCCACAGACGAAUGUUAUACACGUAACCCAACUGGAGAGAGACACAAUCCUUGUGUGCUUGGACUGCUGUAUAAAAAUAGUAAAUCUACAAGGCAGAUUAAAAUCUAGCAGGAAAUUGUCAUCGGAACUCACGUUUGAUUUCCAGAUUGAGUCGAUAGUUUGCCUACAAGACAGCGUUUUAGCGUUUUGGAAACACGGGAUGCAAGGGAGAAGUUUUAGGUCAAACGAGAUAACCCAAGAAAUUUCUGACAGUACAAGGAUAUUCAGGCUUCUUGGAUCUGACAGGGUUGUGGUUUUGGAAAGUAGGCCGACUGAUAAUCCUACCGCUAACAGCAAUUUGUACAUCCUGGCGGGUCACGAAAACAGUUACUGAGAAAUCGUGCGUGUGUCUGACGCAGCCGGAGAGAGAACACUACCGCUGCAACGAAACCCGACGCUUGAAGCUGUCCAUAAAAAGCGCGGGAACCUGGCUUCAGUUACUCUGUAAUUUAUUGUGGCACGAGACAAAGAUGAGGAAAAAAUGUGUUCUUAAGCGGUGUGGACGGAGCUAGCCUAUUCGUCCACCCCGAGGGCUUCAUUCACUGUUAUGUAAUCUUUGUACAUAGAGGCAGUAGUUUUCCGUGGAAUUUCGUAUUGCCGAAGACCCACACUAAGAGUUUCCUGUAGAUAGCGGUCCUUUUACGAUUUAAACGUCUUAUCUGUACAGUUGUAAAGGUUGUCGAUGCAGAAGUGCAUUUGGGAGGGGGGUACUAUUUUAAGAACUGGGGGGGAUAUUCUUGGGUAUGGCUAUAUUAUCCAACGAGAUGCUGGCGACGGACCCGGCGCAAUUAACAACACUAUUGUAUUUUUAUGGUAUGUAAUUUAGUAGGACGGAUAUAAAUCUGGUAACUUUUAAAGAAAACUAUAAUCGAGGCUGUAAUCAUUUUAUAAUCUUGUUUUUAAUUUCAAGGCAAGUACACUGGUGUUUCUGUUUGCACAAAGUAGCGAUACGUGAUGAACUUAGUCACAAAGGUAAGCUGUGACGUUGUCGAAACGCGUUGGGCUUUGAAAUCCCUCUUUUAAAGUUGAUUUGGCUCGGUUUCUUUGCGAAACAAACCCCUUACCCACCUGUUGUAGUAACCGGCCCUUUUUUUAAUUUAAAGCAGGAUUCGGUGAGAUUGCUUCUCUGUGCUUUGAAGACGUUGCCUUCCGGAAUGAGUUUGAAUCACAGGAAAAGGGUGCUGUGAUGUAACUGCAAUUGUCGUUUAAAUUAUAUUGUAUGUACAAUGAUCGAAUUAGCGUUACGGAGAGUCCACAAUAAACAUUUCAUGUACUCACACUGAAGAACUAUUAACAUUCCACAGAGUGAAAUGGUUCAGACUUCCAGUUGCAUUUUGACUCUUUUGGCCCUAUGAUUUUCAUAUUUGUUCUGAUUUAGGGUGUUAGCCUGUGGCCAAAAUAAUUUAGUUACUACCUCAUGCACACGAUAGAAGGGUUACUACACAUCACAGGAACUUAGUUUUGGUCAAAGUUAAUUUUUGAUGGCUAUUUUCCGACGGAGUCUGUAGAUACCGAGUUUCGGCAAAAUGCACACUUUUGGCUCUUUUUCGCCUAUGUUCUUUCCAUUUUAUUGUGAGUAUAUACACUAAGAACAAACUAAGUGGUGAUUUAUGGUCCCUCAGUACGUAUGUGCUUGGAAAUGAUUUUGAAUAUGUCUCUGUAUAUAGUGUAAAAUAAACAUGUUUUUUAACAUGCCGUUGUAUAGUA